AUGACCAAGGACUCGCCCAACCCUUCGGGUGGCAGCCGCGCGACACCCAAAAAGCUGGCUAGUCCGGGGCCGGCGGCAGGGAUACUGGAGGAGCAGAGGCGGGAGCUGGAGAAGCUGCGGGCGGAACUGGAGGCGGAGCGAGCACGCGGGCUGGCUGAGCGGCGGCGCUUCGCGGCCCAGGCACGCCAGCUGCGGGAGGCGGCCGAGCAGGAGCGGCAGCAGCUGGUUGACCAUCUGCGCUCCAAGUGGGAAGCACAGCGCUGUCGGGAGCUGCGGCAGCUGCAGCAGGAGGUGCUGCGGGAGCGAGAGGCCGAGAUCCGGCAGCUGCUGCGUUGGAAAGAGGCCGAGAUGCGGCAGCUGCAGCAGCUGCUGCAUCGCGAGCGCGACGGCGUGGUGCGCCAGGCCCGGGAUCUGCAGCGCCAGCUGGCCGAGGAGCUGGUAAACCGCGGCUACUGCGGCCGCGCGGGGGCGCCCGAAGUCGCCGCCGCGCAGUGUCGCUGUCGCCUGCAGGAAGUGCUGGCGCAACUUCGCUGGGAGACAGACGGCGAGCAAGCCUCACGCAUUCGCCACCUGCAGGCGGCGCUCGAUGUAGAGCGCCAGCUCUUCCUCAAGUACAUCCUAGAGCACUUCCGCUGGCACCCCGCUUUGUCCCGCACCCCCGACCCUCAGGCUGUGCAUUUUUCGGAAGAGCGGCACCCUGAGACCCCCUGCGAGUCUAACCGACCCCCAGAGCCCGUCUGUCGACUCGAAUCCUUUGACAGCCUGAACGCCCGCGUCCGCGUGCGCUCCCGCUCCCUUGACCUGGUGCCAGCGGCAUGCUCCAACUCCCCAGACAGCCUGCUCCCCACGCGCGCCAGCUCCCUUGAUUCCUUGGCACUAGCGCGUUCCCAGUCGCUCGACAGCACCCCGAGUCUCCCCAAAGCCCCCGAAUCCGAGGAGCGAGCCUCCUCCUCUCCAGACACCUCCAUCCUGGGCUCCCCGAGCCCCUCGCCGCCGCCGCCGCCGCCGCCACCACAACCACCACCACCACCACCACCACCAUCGGAGCACAGGGAACCUAGCGACCCGCCAGGAGGAGAAGACUCCGGGAGCCAGCCCUGCGAGGCCCUGACCCUCUCGCCGCCGAGCCUGGACUACCACGAACUGGUGAAGCAGAACUCGGAACUGUCCGAGGCGUUGCAGGUGCUGGCGCGGCGCUGCUCUGGCCUGCACGCAGAGAACAUGCAGUUGAGGCGCGCAAGCUUCCCAGACAAGGUGGACGAGAAGGUGAAGCGGCUCAAGGUGAAGCACGCGGAGCUGACAGGCCUGGCGCGGCGCCUAGAGGACCGGGCCCGCAAACUGCAAGAAACCAACCUGCGGGCUGUGAGUGCGCCUGUGCCCGGCGAGAGUUGCGCUGACCUGGAGCUGUGCCAGGCCUUCGCCCGCCAGCGCGCUCGAGACUUGUCGGAGCAGGCGAGCGCGCUGCUGGCCAAGGACAAGCAGAUCGAAGAGCUGCAGCAAGAGUGUCACUUGCUGCAGGCGCUCGUCGCCUCGGGCCUGGGCAGCUCCCCGCACUCUAGUGGGGGCGCGGCUAGCGCCCUGUGGCUCAACGUCAGCGACUUGGACCGGCUGCAGCGCGAGUCCCAGCGGGAGGUGCUGCGCCUGCAGAGGCAGUUGACUUUACAGCUGGCCACCCGCAGCGCCCCGGCGGAGGCUGGUGGCCAGAAACCCCCCUGCGAGGAGGCGCGGCGCCAGGUACAGGCGCUGGAGCGCGAGCUGGGCGCGCGGCGGCGCGAGUGCGAGGAGCUGGGCGCGCAGGCGGCGGAAGCGCGGCGGCGGGGCGAGAAGGCCCAGGAGCAGCUGCAGGCGGCGCUACGCGAGGGCGCAUGGUUGGCCAAGGAGAACGCGCGGCUGCAGGCCCAGGCAAACUGGUCGCGGAAAGUGGCGGCGGAGAACAACGACGUGCGCGGGCAGCUGGGCCGCGCGUGUCAGGAGCGCGACGCGGCGGGCUUGCUGGCGGAGCAGCUGCUGCAGCAGGCGGCGCACGGGCAGGACAGGCAGCAACAGCUGCAGCAUGACCUGCAGAAGGCCCUGCGUGAUCUCCAGGCUGCCCAGGAGGAGAUGCGGGUGCUGCACUGUCAGCCUGGUCACCCUCCCCUGGAAUCCCGGAAGGCCCCCGAAGCCCCGGAUUCUCAAGGUAGAAGUAGCAGAAAGAUCAAGUUCCAACCAGGGCCUGAAGACCAAGCAUCGUCACAGAUCUCCAGCAGAGACAAACAGGAGAAGAAGGAAACCUCUCUGUUGGAGAGCCAAGUUUCCCUUGGGGAGCCAGUCAGUGACCCCCAAAUGCCAGACAGAGUCCCAGCUAGCCGACCUCUGGACUCCAGGCCCCAGGCCAAGGAAACCAGCUCCAAGUCAAGCUCCUCCUCUGAGGUGGAGUCCAUGGGGGUCACCGUACCAUCUGUCCCUACCAGUGACGAGGAGGAUCUGGACCCCGACAGUGUGUCCUCCACCUUGGAAGUGGGUAACUCAGAGGCCCCUGCCAUACCCAAGCUCAAGAUCUUCCUGGUUAGAUACAACUACAACCCAUUUGAGGGGCCCAACGAGCAUCCUGAGAGUGAGCUGCCCCUCACUGCUGGGGAUUACAUAUAUAUCUUUGGGGACAUGGAUGAGGAUGGUUUCUAUGAAGGGGAGCUGGAGGAUGGCCGGCGGGGCCUAGUGCCCUCCAACCUGGUGGAGCAGAUUCCAGACAAUGGCAUCCUUGGCUGCCUGUCCUCCAAGUCUCCUGACCUUGGGCCCACUCGACUCCCAGCUGGGCAGGGCAAAGCUUUAAAGGAAGAUUUUGGUCACAGCUUAUUGCCUGGGAAAGCUCAGGGAGCUGUGCAAAGGAGCACAUGCCAGAUGGUGAGGGCAGUCUCCAAGACAGAAGUGGCAAUACAGCUCUCAGAUACCAAGACAGAAGAUGGCUGGCUGAGCUCAUUGCAGAGUGUGGAGGAACAGGGCUUCUCCAGACCCCUUCUGGGAGACAGAGGCAUCCUUUGUGUGGCCCCCAAACAACUACACUUGCAGAAUGUUGCAGCUACAUUGGCCGAGAUCUCCUGGGUCUACAGCAGCAGCAGCCACCCCCACAUGGUGUACCUUAAUGACCAGGAGCACGCCCUGACCCCAGCAGGUGUGAGCAGCUACAUCUUCCACAACCUGCAUCCCAAUACACGGUACCAAGUGCAGGUGGAGGUGCGGCUGCCCUGGGACUCGCUGCAGGUGCUCUGGGAAACCAUGUCCUCCACCAUCACCUUUGACACACCCGUGGCAGGACCCCCUGACCCUCCACUGGACGUGCUGGUGGAGCGCCACACCUCACCAGGGCUUCUGGUGGUCAGCUGGCUCCCAGUGACCAUCAAUUCUGCUGGGUCCUCCAACGGAGUCCAGGUCACUGGCUAUGCUGUGUAUGCUGAUGGGCUUAAGGUUGCAGAGGUCCCUGAUGCCACUGCUGGGAGCACCCUGUUGGAAUCAUCCCAGCUCCAGCUGUCCCUGACGUGCCAGAAGGUCUCGGUGAGAACCAUGUCACUUUGUGGCGAGUCCCUGGACUCAGUCCCGGCUCAGAUCCCUCAUGACUGUUUUACCUGUCACCUAUUGCCAGAGAACUCUCCUUUUAGCUACACCUGUGGGGACCCAUCCCCCUCCAGAGUCACCUUCCCCAAAUGCCCUCAGAGACUGGCACUGGCUCCUCUAAGUGCCAAGGCCAGUCCCCACAUCCCCAGAAACUGUGGGGAGCCCCAGGCUGAGUUCCUAGAAGCAUUCCCUGAAGAACCCCUAAAGAGGUGCCCCCCAGUGCCCAAUUUGAGUUCAGAUGGAGAAUGUCCAAGUGUAGGGGCUGGCAGCCAAGCCCAGGCAUCCACAGAGGCCUGGGAGGUGUGCAGAAAGGAACUGUGCUUUCAGAAGAGUCUCCAGAACUACAGGCCACCUCUGCCUAGUGGUCAGUCUGGGGGAAGAAAAGACCACUACCGGCACAUGGGCACCAGCCAAAGCUCUGCUCUGGGAGUUGUCCAUCUGUCGCCUGAGAGUGGGCCCCAGAAAGAACCAUGUCAGGAAAAGGCUGCCCUUGAGAAGAUCCUUAGGCAAAAGCAAGAUGCCCAAGUAGUCACCCCUCCCCAGCUGAGCGCCAACCAACAAUACGUGUCUGACAUCCAUGACACUUUGCAGGAGGAGGAGGCAGUGUGCUUCUCUCCAUGGGGCACAGAGAAGCAAGAGCAGAGAAGGGAGCUUAGGACCCAGGGCGGGCAAGGUCAGGCUCUGGGCGGUGAGAGAGAGGACCAGCUCCAUGAACCCAGCUUGGUGCUUUGCCCAGCUCCAUCCAGCAAAGUUAGUAAGAUGUCCAGGGGCAGCCCCCCACUGCUGGGGAGAGGCGUGGACACUCCGGUUAGGGUCUUUGUGGCCCUCUUUGAUUAUGACCCCCUGACUAUGUCUGCCAACCCUGCGGAUGCAAAGGAGGAGUUAGCCUUCCAGAAAGGACAGUUGCUGACGGUGUGGGGUUCUCAGGACCCACGUGGCUUCUACCAUGGCGAAUGCAAUGGACAAGUGGGCAACAUCCCUGGACACCUGGUGGCUGAGGCAGAGGUGGGCAUGGAGCAGACUAACAGGAAGUGGCAUUUGCUAGCACAAAGGCACAUGCCUUCUAUGGCCCACCUUGAUGACUUUGGGGGGCUCACCAGCCCCCAGGGCUCCUUCCCCAUGCCCCAAGGGAACCCCAGGAGGCCCCCACUGAGGACUCCAACAACCAUGAUGGCAAUUCUGGACUAUGACCCCAAGGACAGGCAAGUAGGGGGCCCGGUGAAGAGCAAGCUGUCGCUGAAGUCAGGGGAUGUAGUCAGAGUUUACGGGCCUGUGGAUGAAAAGGGAUUCUAUUAUGGGGAGUCAGGUGGCCACCGAGGCCUGGUCCCAGCCCACCUCCUGGAUCACAUGUCCUUCCAUGGAGAGUGA